AUGAAGCUGUCAGAAGAUGAAUCUUCACCAUCAAUGUCCAGUAAUACGGCUAAUGCCAAAAAUUUCUCUAGAACACCCACAUCGUGGGACGCACUGGACGAUAUACUCUUGAUGCAUUUGAAGGACCAACAAAAGUUAGGAUGGAAGGAGAUUGCUAGCAACUUUACUAACAGAACUCCCAAUGCAUGUCAAUUUAGGUGGAGACGUUUAAAGUCAGGGAACUUGAAGAACCCGCCAAAAUCAUCAUCUGGGUUGGGAAGUCCGGCAAGUGGCAGUAAGGUACCAGCCACAAGCGGUCUCAAGAAGAGCAAGAAAGGGCCAGGGAAUGCAAGGUCGGUGUCUCCAAGUAAUGAUUCACCCAGUGCAUUUUCAUCGUACUCUCCCAUUACUACUGCUACGUUUACGGGGUAUGAUAAUAAUAUUAAUAAUGCUUUAGCUGGAUUAAACGCAUUAUCAAAUACUCCUUCUAAUAUCUCGAGUCCGAUGCCCAACUACCAUAUAGGCACGAAUACCAACUCAUCUACUCCUGGACUUAACUCUCCAGAUGGGGGUAAUCGAUCCCAUAGUUUGGGUCAUAACCAUUUCGACAAUUCUCCUAGAUCUGAGGUGUCGUUAGACCCCCAGUCACACCAUGGAACUACUACAAAUUCAGGCGGUGGAUACUACGCUGAUAUAUCUAUUGACCCGACGAUGAACUUACCUCAUAAUCAAGCUCACCCGCAUACCCCAGGUCAUUUGACACCACGAAACUCUACGUCUCAAGGCUCGCAAGCUAACUCAAACCGAUCAAAUCAUCAAACUCAUCCAAUACCUCACAAUGUUCACAAUAAUUCUAUAAUUCAGAUUGUCAAAGAUGAUAGAACUUCUGUUUCUUCGGCUACAAGGGCGUCGGUGUCGUCUUUACCUUCCAAAUCAAUGAACAUACCGCAUCAUCAACUGAAUAAUAGUGCAUUGGCCCACUUACCUAUAUUAUUUGGAGGUGGAAGUAGUAUAAGCGGUCCUUCUAGAAAUGCUAGUGUAAGUGGCAUACCUAGUACGUAUCAAUCAACUACAGUUUCUAGCAUCAGAAAUGGAAGUGUUGGAUCCCUGGGUUAUUAUUCGAGAUCAGGAUCUGUUGUUAUUCCAUUUACUGGAGAUAAAAGAGAUGAUGAAAAUUUAAAGCCUGACUUGAAGAAAGCAGAUUUCCCUGCAAAUACAAAAAAAACUCCAAAUAAGACUCAUAAUUCACAAAAGAACACUUCAAAAUCAAGUACGCCAAAUGCACAGGCAACCAUUUUCAAAAUACCUUGGUCAAUGGAAGAGGAUGAGUUAUUAAUCAACCGUCGUAAUCGAGAAUUAUCCUUUGCUGAAUUAUCCAUUUUAUUACCCCAAAGAACUGAAGGUGAAAUAUGGUCUAGAAUUGAUUACUUGGAAAAAUUGAGAAACGGACAUAGAUCGUCUACAUCCAGAGAACAUAGAAAAGGAAGGCAAUCCUCGAUUGGAUUAGAUGACGAUGACGACUUUUAUGAUGAAGUGGACGAUGUAAUAGAUGGAAUUGAUGUGAGCGAAGAUGACGAUGAAGACGAUGAUGUAUUAGUCGAUGAUGACGAAUCGUUACACCAUGGGACUCGGAAGAGAAAGAAGAGAAGAACCAGCUCUGCAGUAAACCCCUUAGCUGUAGGGGAAACACUUAGAAGAAAACUCAAAUAA